AUGAAGGCAUUUACCUACCUCCUUCCCGCCCUCGCGGCGAUUGCUACCGCCGGAAAGGUCGACGAGUGUGCUGGAAGCUGUAUCAGCAAAGCCAUUGCCGAGACCGGAUGUGCGUCCAGCGACAGCCUGUGCAUCUGCUCCUCGAACUACUUCGUGAGCAGCAUAGAGAGCUGUGGAUCUUGCACUGAUGAUGGCAGCAACCCCGCUGCCGCCCUCGCUCAAGACUACUGCGAGAGCGUGAGCCUUUCCAAGCGCUCGAACGAGUGGGAGGGACAUUCCUACAGCUGGUGGCAGAAGGAAUGGCGCAAAGUCCGCGCCAGCCACCGCAAAGGCUCCAAGGACGAAGCACCAACAGCAUACGAGCCAAAGCCGGUAGAGCCAGUGAAGUCUGAGCACCCCGUCGAAGACUGGUUCACUGCCCACCCCAACUACCUCAUCAACCACCCCGGCUGGCUCAAGAACCACCCUUCGUGGGCGGCGAAGCACACCGACUACCUCAAGGCCAACCUCCCGAAGAGCCACCCCUACUACCCAGGCAAGCCGUCCUCGCCGCCAUCGCCACCAUCUCAGCCCGGCAAGCCCCACGGCUACCCUCACCCUCAGCCUCCACCACAGCCCCACAAGCCGUACCCAGGCAAGCCGACCCCAACGACGACCUGCACGACGAACAAGCCAUCGCCUACCGUGUACUAG